AUGGAGUUUGGCAGUGGAUUCAACAAAAUGAAGGUCCAGAACAAGAAGAGAAAAUCCAGAAGGAACAAAUUGGAGUUUCUUGGAUGGGGUUCGAAGCCAUUGAUAGAAUUUCUCGAUUCAAUUGGCAAAGAAUCGAGGCAGUAUUCUCAAGGAGAGGUUGAUGCCAUAAUGAAGAAGUAUGUGGCUUGUAACAACCUUAUAGAUCCAACAUACAAGAGAAGAAUCCUGUGUAAUGAAAGACUUGAGAAGCUAUUUAAGAAGAAAAUAGUUUCAAGAAAGAAUGGUUAUCAUUUGCUGGAAGUUCACUUCAGCGAGAACCAUGUUGUUGUUGAUGAUGAUGCCCAGGAUAAUGCACCUCCUCUUUUCUCACUCCGCCUCAGGCUUCGUUUCUUCCAAUCAAUGAAAGGAGAGUGGAUCCAACAAAAUGAAGGUCCAGAACAAGAAGAGAAAAUCCAGAAGGAACAAAUUGGAGUUUCUUGGAUGGGGUUCGAAGCCAUUGAUAGAAUUUCUCGAUUCAAUUGGCGAAGAAUCGAGGUAGUAUUCUCAAGAGAGGUUGAUGCAAUAAUGAAGAAGUAUGUGGCUUGUAACAACCUCAUAGAUCCAACAUACAAGAGAAGAAUCCUGUGUGAUGAAAGACUUGAGAAGCUGCUUAAGAAGAAAAUAGUUUCAAGAAAGAAUGUUUAUCAUUUGCUGGAAGUUCACUUCAGAGAGAACCAAGUUGUUGUUGAUGAUGAUGCUCAAGAUAAUGCACCUCCUCUUUUCUCACUUCGCCACAGUGGAUCCAACAAAAUGAACGUCCAGAACAAGAAGAGCAAAUCCAGAAGGAACAAAAUGGAGUUUCUUGGAUGGGGUUUGAAGCCGUUGAUAGAAUUUCUCGAUUCAAUUGGCAAAGAAUCGAGGCAGUAUUCUCAAGGAGAGGUUGAUGCCAUAAUGAAGAAGUAUGUGGCUUGUAACAACCUCAUAGAUCCAACAUACAAGAGAAGAAUCCUGUGUGAUGAAAGACUUGAGAAGCUGUUUAAGAAGAAAAUAGUUUCAAGAAAGAAUGUUUAUCAUUUGCUGGAAGUUCACUUCAGAGAGAACCAUGUUGUUGUUGAUGAUGAUGCUCAAGAUAAUGCACCUCCUCUUUUCUCACUUCGCCACAGGCUUCGUUUCUUCCAAUCAGUAGAAGAACCUAAACCAGAGCCACCAUUGAUGGGUGCUCCCACAAGCCAGGAACUAAAGGAGAAAGCUAACUAG